AUUGAAGCAAGCGAAUUCUGCUAUCACUCAACUUUGUUAGAGGGCUUUUUUUAAAAAAAAAAAAGUUGAUCCACAGUGCAUCAGAGCAAGUUACUACUUUACUUUUGAGUGACUUACAGGUGCUUGCCUGCAUUGCAAUAAAGGACUCAUAUAUUGAGCAAGACUUAUUUAUCUCUUCGUUUUGGAGAGUCUAAUAAACUGUUAUUACAGUUUCUGUACUGACUUUCAAAGUUUUGAAGUCUAAAAAGACAUCUUUAAAAAUAAAAACAUGAGCACGGCCAGAACAGAGAACCCUGUUAUAAUGGGUCUAUCCAGUCAGAAUGGGCAGUUGAGAGGCCCUGUAAAACCCAGCGGGGGCCCCGGAGGUGGAGGCACACAAACUCAGCAACAGAUGAACCAGCUGAAAAACGCCAACACAAUCAACAACGGCACUCAGCAGCAAGCACAGAGCAUGACCACCGCUAUUAAACCUGGUGAUGACUGGAAGAAGACUUUAAAACUCCCUCCAAAGGAUUUGAGAAUCAAAACUUCGGACGUGACCUCCACGAAAGGAAACGAGUUUGAAGAUUACUGUUUGAAACGGGAGUUGCUGAUGGGAAUUUUUGAAAUGGGCUGGGAAAAACCAUCUCCUAUUCAGGAGGAGAGCAUCCCCAUUGCUUUAUCUGGUAGGGAUAUCUUGGCUAGAGCGAAAAACGGAACAGGCAAGAGUGGAGCCUACCUCAUUCCUUUACUUGAACGGCUAGACUUAAAGAAGGACAAUAUACAAGCAAUGGUGAUCGUUCCCACCCGUGAACUAGCCCUGCAGGUCAGUCAAAUCUGUAUCCAAGUCAGCAAACACAUGGGAGGUGCCAAAGUGAUGGCAACAACCGGAGGAACCAAUUUGCGGGACGACAUAAUGAGACUUGAUGAUACAGUGCAUGUGGUGAUAGCUACCCCUGGGAGAAUUCUCGAUCUCAUCAAGAAAGGAGUAGCGAAAGUCGAGCAUGUCCAGAUGAUAGUAUUGGAUGAGGCAGAUAAGUUGCUGUCUCAAGAUUUUGUUCAAAUAAUGGAAGACAUUAUUCUCACGCUACCUAAAAACAGACAGAUUUUGCUCUACUCAGCCACUUUCCCUUUGAGCGUCCAGAAGUUCAUGAAUUCCCAUUUGCAGAAACCCUAUGAGAUAAAUCUGAUGGAGGAGCUGACUUUGAAGGGAGUUACCCAGUACUAUGCCUACGUAACCGAGCGUCAGAAAGUACACUGCCUCAAUACGCUGUUUUCCAGGCUCCAGAUUAACCAGUCGAUCAUUUUCUGCAACUCCUCCCAACGGGUUGAAUUGCUAGCCAAAAAGAUCUCCCAGCUGGGCUAUUCCUGCUUCUAUAUCCAUGCUAAAAUGAGGCAGGAGCACCGCAAUCGUGUGUUCCACGAUUUCCGAAAUGGUUUAUGCCGCAAUCUUGUUUGCACUGAUCUGUUUACCCGAGGUAUUGAUAUCCAAGCUGUGAAUGUGGUGAUAAACUUUGAUUUCCCAAAGCUGGCGGAGACUUACCUCCAUCGCAUUGGCAGAUCAGGUCGCUUUGGUCAUCUUGGCCUGGCCAUCAACUUGAUCACCUAUGAUGAUCGAUUCAACCUGAAAAGUAUUGAGGAGCAAUUGGGAACUGAAAUUAAACCCAUACCGAGCAACAUUGACAAGAGCCUGUAUGUGGCAGAAUACCACAGUGAACCUGUAGAAGAUGAGAAACAGUAAACACGUGCGUAUAUAAAUGCCUUCCUGCGUAGAGAAGUUGUGUUGGGCGAAAGAAGAGCUGAUGUGUGAAUGUUUCCACAGGGGAAGAGGGAAACUAAUGUGCUGAAGAGGCUCUGAGUGUGAAAACAAGGGUUUGAAAUA